AUGACAGCACCCAAAACCACAACUACAACGACGACUACUGUGACAACGCAAAUAGAUCGCACCAAGAUAGAUCUGACUGUCCCUGUGCAGGGGCAGCGUCAGGAGAAGGAUCAGGAAAAGAAGGAGAAAGAGAAAUCACAGCCAGAAGAUACAGUGAUAGAAACAGAUACAGACACAGAUAGAACUUCCAGUGAUAGAGAGUACUUAGAGCAAAUUAUGGCAUGUGGCGACGUUAGACGCAAGAUAGAGCGCUUGGAGAGCACCGCCAGUUCAGAGACAGAGACCACAGAAAGUCCGCCGAGUGUGGCUCCCAAGUAUAUAGGCGAUAAUGUGCCGGUGGUGAAGGAGGUGGUGCAGAGCAUUGAGGAUAAGUUCUGCGGCACAGUGGUGUCGGCCAUUCCCUUCCCAGUUCAGAAGCGGCCUCCGCACGAAGACGGCCAGGAACCGGAUGUGGCAGAGGUAGAGAAGCAAAUACUAACGCCAGCAGAUUUGGCGCUGGAGCAGUUGAUUAAGUGGGAGUUGCCCCCAGAGGUGGUAAAGCUGUCCCCCAUCGAGGCCACGGCUGCUGGCCUGCAGGAAAUUCAGGAGGAAGUUUGCGAGAAGAUUUGCCAGAAGCGGAAGGCAUUUGAGGUGGCCGAAGACUUAAGUGAAACGGAAAAGACUUUACCAGAACAGGAACUAGGCUUAGAUAAGAAAGUAGAGCAGGUACCUGGUGCAGGCAAGAUUUUAACCGAGUCCCUUGACCAGCACAUAGACUUAGUAGGUAAGGAACCUUUGGAGGCGCUGCCAAAGGUAAGGGAAGUUGUACAGGACAUUGAACGGCGCUAUCCCACAGCGAGCUUAGAGGCCAAGCCGUUUAGUCCCCGCAAAAGAAUUGCCCAGGAGCGUCAGGCAGAUGUUUCGUCUAUAGAGCAGCAGAUUUUAGACGACACUGAUAUGAUUUUAGAAGGGUUAGGCUCCAAGCGUAUUCCCGAACAGAAGGUAGUUUCCCCAGUCUUGGCCUCGUCCAAGCAGAGCCCCAGUAUUGAAAACCUAGAAGACGUCUGUGAAAAGACAUGCUCAAAGCGCACAAUCUCAGUCAUGGCAAAGGCCUUCGAAAAGCAGCCAGAAAUCGAACCUCUGCCUGAAGUUGACGAUAUAAAAUCGACAACAGCCAAGUUCCUAGAGCGGGAGACUAUCAGCUAUGAUGUGGCUGAGAGCAUCAAGGAGUUCGAGGCGAAGAGUGUGGUACAGGAGUGUCUGACUGGGGCGGCAGAGAAACGAUUGCAUUCCAUUUCCAAAACUGACAUCGAAGACACCAAACAGUUCGUGCACGCAGUUGGCGGCUAUGAGGAGAAGCUGACCAACAUCAUUGAACAUGACGAACAGGCACGAGCUCAAGCCGAUAGUCAGAACUUGGAAAAAGAGACAACCGAUAGGUUUCCUAUACACGAUAAAACAGUCGAGCUUCAAACCCACCAGAACCUGGUCUUAAAGACCCCUGAAAUUCCCCAAAGCCUGAAUCCACUUUAG